AUGCGAGCGUGCUCAAGGGAAUAUUACGCGGCUAUUACACACCCGAUACCAAAUAUAAUACACGACGUCACCAAUUGGGUAGGAGACAGUGUACGGAGUAAACCGAUCGGAAAACCUCUCACUGUCGCCCCAACAUUCCAGCUCCCUUCUCUUUCGCACCACUACGCUCCUUUUUUUGCCAGUACUGUCCAAUGCGAUAAAUCAAUUCAGCUAUCGACGCAAAAGCCACCAUAUGGCACGAGGACGCAGGUCGUCAUCGCUGGAGGCAUAGCUGGCCUUGUCUCGCGUUUCUGCAUUGCGCCUCUUGACGUCGUGAAGAUCCGACUACAGCUGCAGAUCCACUCGCUUUCAGAUCCGACCUCGCACCAUGGAAUCAAAGGCCCGAUCUAUAAGGGGACGCUCCGGACAAUGAGGGCCAUCGUUCGGGAGGAAGGUCUCACGGCACUUUGGAAAGGGAACAUCUCCGCCGAACUCCUUUAUGUCUGCUACGGCGGCGCCCAAUUCGUGACCUAUCGCACUACGACCCAGGCCCUUUCGCGUCUGCCGCACCGUCUUCCUCCGUUGGUGGAAUCCUUCGUCUCGGGCGCGGUGGCAGGCGGCAUCGCUACAGCUGCCACAUACCCGUUCGACCUCCUCCGCACUCGCUUCGCCGCCCAGGGGAACGAUAGGAUCUACGCGUCCUUGCUGUCGUCUAUCCGGGACAUCGCCAAGCAGGAAGGGCCCACGGGUUUCUUCCGCGGCUGCUCUGCCGCCGUCACCCAGAUCGUGCCCUACAUGGGCCUCUUCUUCGCGACGUACGAGACGCUCCGCGUGCCCCUGGGCCAGUUCGACAAUCUCCCAUUCGGCUCGGGCGAUGCAGUCGCGGGUAUGGUAGCCAGCGUGCUGUCCAAGACCGGCGUCUUCCCGCUGGACCUGGUGCGGAAGCGUCUGCAGGUUCAAGGCCCGACCCGAUCGCGAUACGUGCACACGAACAUCCCCGAGUACCAUGGGGUCUUACGGACGAUAGUGACCAUCUUACAAGCACAAGGAAUGCGUGGGCUGUAUCGGGGUCUGACCGUCAGUUUAGUCAAAGCAGCACCGGCCAGCGCCGUGACUAUGUGGACGUAUGAGAGGGCUCUCAAGAUCUUGCGGGAGUUGGAACUCGGCAAAUAG